CCAACCGCCGAUAAACCCCACCGAAGAAGAAGAAUAAACCGGAAAUAGCAACCGGGCCUAAGUAUUUUAACUUGUCUGACUUUUUUUGUUAUUCACCGUUUGGUAGUUGUCGUUAUUGAGUUUCCGGACGAGAGAGAAUCAUGAAGAUGACGGAGGAAAACAACGAUGGAAAUUCGACAAUAACAAUGGAAGAUGUCCAAAGUCUUAUAAAAAAGAAAGACACUAUUGAAGAACAAAUUAAAGCUUACUACGACGUUUUGGAAGAUCAAGAGGUUGGAAUGGAAGGUCCUUUGGUUGAUGCAGAGGGAUUCCCUCGCGCAGAUGUUAAUGUGUACCAGAUCAGAACAGCAAGGCACACUAUUUCUUGUCUACAGAAUGAUCACAAAGCCAUCAUGGUGGAAAUCGAGGAGGCCCUGCACAGGCUGCAUGCUCUAGAGAAGGCGAAGCGCGAGCAGGACCAGGCAGAAUCCCAGACUGAGUCCAUGGAGCAGGAGGUCACCCUGCCCUCUCCCUUUGCCCGUGUGGAUGCUGUCUCACAAGGCUCCCCUGCCUGUCAGGCUGGCUUGCGAAUUAGUGAUGAAAUCAUAGCAUUUGGAUCCAUCAACACAGGGAACUUCCAGAACCUGCAGAAUAUUGCCUCAGUGGUUCAGCAUAGUGAAGGGAGACCAUUAAACGUUACAGUGAUUCGAAAUGGCCAGAAGACCCAAAUGGGACUUACCCCACAGCGGUGGUCGGGCAGAGGUUUACUGGGAUGUAACAUUGUGCCCCUCCACAGAUGAUAAGGACCAUAUGACCAGCAAGAUCGUAAGGGUUCAACUUUAACACCAACCUUACUGUUAUGCCACUGGAUGGCUAUGAGUAAAGGAAUUGUUUGAGCCCAUAAAUUAGAAGAUUGACAUUUAACUGAUUCAAUGUCAAUUUAAUGUUCUAAUAAAAACAUAUUAACAUUC